CUCCUACUGGCCCUCCAUCACCACUUCCAGCAGCAUCUGGUCUCCCAUCCAGGGACAGACCAGGACCAACCCUGCCUAGCUUCAGAGGCACGCCAGCAGUGGGACGCAGGGAUUGUCUGCUGCUGGGUGUGAUCCCAAUGGACCAUUUGCACUUUUCAGGAAAUCCCUUCUCUGUCCUUCAAUUUAAGUCUGCUAUACUGUCUGUCUUAAUGUAUUAUCAUCAGAGUUAGUUUACGAUGAAAGGGUUUUCUUUCUGACGUUGUAAUGCACUGCAUUGGCAUUUCCAUGAUCCAUAGCGCUGUAUUCUCAUCCGGUAUCCACUGUGACCCAUCAUGUGAUCAACUAGUAGUGAGUUGAGUAUCAGGGUACCAUUUUGGGUUUGUUGUUGAUGGUAAAACAGCUUUUAAGGUUUACAGUUGCGCUUUAGAAUGUUUUCAGAGACCGACUAGACGUUAUGAAAGUAUGUUUGGGUAAAUGAUGCUGUGUUUACAACAGUGUGGCCAUAUACCAUACUGCUGUAAUGUAUUUUUGAAUGACUAGACAAGUCAAUGGUACCGUAGAUGUAUUUGUACAAUAUUCAGUAUGUAUAUGAAGUUAUGACUCAAACCUGGGAAAAACAUGCAUAGUCUUUUUCUCGUUAUAAAGGUCUUCAUUGUACAUAAUAUGAUUAACACGUAUUGUAUUUUCAGUACUUAACAUGAUCUAUUUGAUCCAUUUGAAGUUCUGUCUGACAGAAGACAGUUGUACCUAAGCUUUGUUAUGUUCAUGUCCCUCACUAUAAUUGAAAAUGCUACAGUACUUGUUGCAGUUGAAACCUACUCAGGAAAUGCAUAUAGGGAUUGUUAACUGAUGGCACUUUGCUUGAGAGUGUAAAUUAAGGUGCAUAACUAGCCUGUCAUUCAAGGUGUGACUUUAAUCUUACUGGUCCUGUAAACGGCCAUUAAUGAGGGCUUUUACACACCUUUGAAGUCAACCCUGCAUUGUCCCACUGGUUAUAGACAAGCCCGAUUUUUGAAUCCACUAGAAAUGCAAACAACAGAUAAGUGUACCACUACCAAGAAGUGUACAAUAGACGGUGUCUGUAAUUUAGCAUAUGACAUGGUAAGUUUAUAAAAUCAGUCAUAACUCGUUAUGCAUUUAAAGUCUGCUCAAGACUGCAGCAGUUAGGCCUAUUUCUGCUUCAUGACAAUGAGAAGUGUCAUUAUUGCAUUUAAAUACCAUAGGAAGCAAGCUAUCAUAUGUAAUGCGCUGUCCAUAUGCGAUCAUGGUUGUGUGCCUUCAUAGCCUAAUAAUGAUAGAAUAGACUAUAACACAUUUAUUUCAUAAGCACAAACUGAGUCGCACUCAGUGGCAAUUUUGCCUUAUUUUGGGGGCGGGCGUUUGCCGAAACCCAAUGGAAUUCGUUUUCGAUUAUAUCAUUAUUUCAUUUGAAUAUCACAAUGAAAACCUUUAGGCCUGUCUACUGAAUAAUGAUUACCUUUGUGGUGAUUUGUCACUUCAGCCCCGCAUGCAAAGCUCCAGUCUGAAGUCUUUGUCAGGUCAUAAUUGAGUCAUCGGCUCUCGGUCGACCAGAAGACGGCCCUAUCAGGACAGGUUUACACUAAUCUCCUCAAAGUAGUUUCUGACUCGAUGGGACAAGACCUUUCAGGCCCUAUGAUCUAUCUGUUGAGGCGGGGUAUAAAGUCCUUGCCUCCCGCCUGGAGAAUGAGCCACACUCAACGGUGCACCAUGACGAGAGGAAGCCUUAACGCGAGUUCCCUCAACCGGACAUCUUCUUUCUCAUCACCAUCAUACUUUCCCUUUUAUGGUGGAGCAACGGACAUCUCUUCAUGGUUGCCAAACAAGGUUCUAUCAAAGACAAAGAACGCGUGCUGCUUCGGUGUUGAAGUUAUCCUUUCCGUGGGUCCUUCCCGGGAAGCAGCCGCACAACAAGCCAUGCACAUCCAGCAACCAGGCGGAGGCGCAAGGAACCAUCCUGCGGCGAUGCUGACUUGGGCGCAUCUUGGAGACACAAAUUCACUUCACCCAGUUUACUACCAGCAACUAAGUGGUUAUAAUCAAGGGCAACCGGGCAGUCUAUCCAGGGGAACCUUCGUGCAGAGAUCCGGCAGGAGAAUCCGCACCAUCUACACCGACGACCAGCUGACUAAACUAGAAGAGGUGUUCAGUAAGCAGCGGUACAUGACCGGGACGGAGAAGAUGCUUCUGGCCUCAGCGCUGAGACUGACCGAGACACAGGUCAAAGUCUGGUUCCAGAACAGGAGAACGCGGUGGAGGAAGGCCCACGGUGACAUGGCGGAUGUACCGGAGAAGCACGCGCACAAUGAAACAUCGAGCAGGGAGGAGGAUGAGUUGAUUUCCGUGGACAAUGACGAGUCAUGGGUGUAUUUUUGAUUUAAAGUUAUAUUAGUAAAUGCCUUGAGGCCAUCACACACAUUCACGAUGAUUCUUGAAUUCUUGUUCUUGUCAAACAAGAGACUUGCCUGUAUUUUACCACUGUGUGGCCUGGCAUGAGAUGCUUUAGCUCAUCAAUCAGCUAUCAACUAGGCUAUGAUUCACUGAAGAUUUAGCCAUGUCAUUUUUGUAAUGUAUUUUAUAUUCCUGUUUCACAACAUCCCUUAUGUGAUUUAGUUUUUUCACCCCUUCCUUUUCACACGGACUUUUUAUUGGAUUUAUUUUCAGUUUAUGUGGUUGCAUUUAUCCACGUACCGAACCCAGGAUAUAGGCCUCCUAUACUGCUGUUUUUUCUGUUCUUUAAUGUGGAAUAUUUUCUACUGAUUACUGUCUCUAUAUUUUUGUUUUGACUUAUUUUUUUACCUACUUGAUAUGCAAUUCACUUGUAAUUUUUAUAAUAAAACUUUGGCCUAUAGAUGAGAAAUGGUGUAUAAUCAUU